CUGAACUCUUUAAAUCAAUUAAUAAGAAUAAUGACUAAACUGUGAUUUGCUUUACUUGUCGGAUUUUGUUUGUGACACAUUGACAAUUUGGAAAGGAGCCUCACUGUUUCAUCAAGCCAGUCAGAUUGAAAGACUUGUGUCAAUAAUGGUUCUCAGAGGUGGUGAGCUCCUGUUGGAAUUACUCAAGCUGAUGGAGAGUGCUGUAACUCUGGCGAUACCUCUGGCUAUUGAGCAAGCAGUAGUAUCUAUGCUUGCUCUGGGUCCACCAACAUCCAGGGUACUGCAGGGCUGAUACUUUGCCCAGAGGUUACUGCAAAGUGUGGAGUCACGGACCACCUACUACAGAAUACUUAUCAGUAUCGAUCAAUAGUGGUAAGUUCUCUACCUUCCGAUGCAGUAUGAGCUGAAAGGUUUUACACAACUACAAGCUCUAUUGACCAAGCCAAGAUAUUGAUGAAUAGCAUUUAUGGAGCAACUGCAACAGUUUAUAAAGCACCAAGAGGAGAAGCAAACUAUACAAGGAUAGGUACACUGAAUGCAGGCUAUUUAGCGACACUCUCCUUCAGUUCCUCUGUUGAUGUUUACCUAGUGAUCGACCCUUACCUAACAACUAUUAACUAUAAUAUAACUGCUAUUGGUGCAAUUGCUCCUGUUUCCAGCGAUUCUUCAAGCUCAUCUAGCUUCGAGAGUGAUAGUAUCAGCAUAGACUCAAAGACGGAUUUGACUGUCUUAUGGGUUAUAUUAGGCAUUGUUGGAGGACUAGUUUGUAUCGUUAUUUGCCUUAUCGUCACCAGUUGUAUCUGAAAGAAAAGAAAGCGAGGUGUUCACCUGGGCCCUCCUUCCCGUCCUUCCAACCUCCGUCUAUCUUCACCCAAUUUCAACCCUCCAUCACCUCCAGUCCAUCCAGUGGAAUGCUCACUUCCCCCAAUCCAGCCCACUCGUGUAUCCAAUUUCAAAAUAGCUACAGACACGACUGGGCUCAACCUUGCUCCUCUCUCUGAAAUAAGCAUCGUUCCCAACGCCAGACCAGCUUCUGAAAAGCAAGAGGAGCCUUAAGACCACAGUUAAGUUUCUUUAUAAGCUUCAUUCCCAAUUAUGUACCUGCCUGACUGAGCAUGGGCGAACGAGUGC